UAUAUUUUGGAUCAUAAAAAUUGCUAAUAUAUAAUUAAAACAGAAAAAAGAGUGACCAAAUUUUGAUAGAUGCUUCCACAUGUGUGAGGGACGUCCUCCACCCCUUAUUCUCUACCCUUUUAUCAUCUUCAGUUUAGAGUUGUCAUCAACAUUGCAAAAUGGCCGAGAGUGCAGUGUUCCAUCUACUAGCCAACUUCGCACCCUUCCUCCGACAAGAGGCCAAUUUGUUGACUGGAGUUCGAGAUGAGAUCCAAUACAUCAGAGAUGAAUUCGAUCGCAUGACUGCUUUCCUCAGAGUUGCCGAUGCUAUGGAAGAAAACAACCCCCAACUCAAAGUAUGGGUCAAGCAAGUCCGAGAAGCUGCGUACGACAUUGGAGAUGUUCUCGAGUUGUUCAUGCUUCGCCUCGGACAUUGUCAUGGCUCUGGAUUUCGCGGUUUUCUUCGCAAGGUUUCUUGCUUUAUUAAAACUUUAAAAGCCCGUCACCAAAUUGCUUCUGAAGUUCAAAGAAUGAAGGCUAGUGUCAUCGAUAUUUCGAAGGGACAUCAGAGGUACCAUGAAAGAUAUGGUAUGUUAGAGGCAGGCUCAAGCUCAAGGUCCACUGGUUUUAACAAAGCAUGGCAUGAUUGUCGCGGCGAUGCCCUUCUACUCGAUGAAGCAGAGCUUGUGGGUAUCGAUGAACCCAAAUCGGAACUGAUUUGGUGGUUGGUGCAUGAAGAUCCCAGACUCAAGGUGCUCUCCGUAUCAGGAAUGGGUGGAUUGGGCAAAACAACACUCGUUAAAAAGGUCUUCGAUGAUGCAGUUGUGAAGAAGCAUUUCCAGAACUAUGCUUGGAUCACUGUUUCUGAAUCUUUUAACAUCAAGGAGCUCCUGAAAGGCAUGAUCAAACAACUUUUUGAAGAAGUCAACCAACCAGUCCCACAAGGGGUGGAGUACAUGGAUAUGAAUAGCUUGAAAGGGAUAAUUCAUGCUUUCCUGCAACAAAAGAGGUAUCUGCUUGUUUAUGAUGAUGUAUGGGAUAUUCAUGCGUGGCAAUCAUUUAGAUAUGUGUUUCCCAUUGGCAAUUGUGGCAGUCGAGUAGUGCUCACAACCAGAAAUGCAGAUUUAGCUUCUUUCUCUAGUAAAGAAUAUCAUGGGGAUGUCUAUUACCUUCAGCCCUUGCCUCCCAAAGAGUCUUGGACAUUAUUUUGUUGGAAAACAUUUAUGGAGAAUUCUUGCCCUUCACAUUUGGAAGGACUUUCAAGAGCCAUCUUGAAUAGAUGUGGGGGAUUGCCGCUUGCAAUUGUGACAAUUAGUGGUCUUUUAUCAACGAAGGAUAAGAGCAAUGUGGAUGAGUGGGAUAAGAUCUACCGCAGCCUUGGAUCAGAACUACAAGGAAAUGACAAACUGUUGAGCAUGAAAAAAAUAUUGUCACUUAGUUACAUUGAUUUACCUUACUAUCUAAAGUUUUGCUUUCUAUAUCUAAGCGUUUAUCCAGAGGAUUAUUUGAUUGAACACUCGAGAUUGAUUCGGUUAUGGGUGGCAGAAGGCUUCGUAGAAAUGAAAGAAUGA